CCAAGAGAUGCGCGCCGGCAACGUUCACCUGCAGCCCUUCCACCGGGUCCUCUCCGCGUCCCUCUCGCGGCGCUUCCCAGAGGCGAUCGCCGAGGCCGGCGACACCGUCGGGCUCACCAUCGACACGCUGCGCGACGUGGAGCGCGGCGCGUCGGCGCUCGUGCUGCUGUGUGUGGACUUGACGGAGCAGGUGCUCUCCGAGGCGGCUUCGGCGCGCGCCCACUUCGUGGUGACGUACUCGCCGAUGCCGCACUCCCCCUUCACGACGCUCUCGACGGACGACGUCCUUGGCCGGAUCGUGCUCGGCUGUGCAAAGCACCAGAUUGCGGUGCACUCGGUGCACUCGGCGUGCGACGCGGCGAGCGGCGGCGUGAACGCCUGGCUCGCCCGCUCGCUCGCGCGCGGCGUCGUGCGCCCCAUCGUCAAGCACCCGAAGGUUGCCGACGCCGGGCAAGGCCGCGUGCUCGAGUGCGACGAGGCGACUCCGAUCUCUACGGUGGUGGAGCGGCUAAAGGCUUUGCUGGGGGUACGCUUCCUGCGGCUCGCGCUGGCCGCGGUGGUCGCGCCCGAGGCGCUCGCAAAGGCGCAGGAGUUCCUCACGGUCAAGACGGUGGCGGUGCAGGUGGGAGAGGGCGCCACCCUGCUGCGAGGCUGGACGGGGGACUUGCUGAUCACCAGCGAGAUGUCGCACGCCGACGUGGUCGCCGCAAACGCGCAGAACGUCAACGUCAUCCUCACGGGCCAGUCGACCAUCGAGAGAGCCUACCUGCAGUACCUGCGCCAGGAGCUCGAGAGCGAGUUCGCAGACUCCGACUGGAACGUCCUCUUCAAGUGCUCCACAGACUGCAACCCGCUCUCGGUAGUAUGACGGCGCGCGCGGCGCACGGCCCGCUGCUCGAGCAGCGGCGGCGGCGGCGGCGGCGGCGACAGCAGGCUGCUCGCGCCUCUGCGCGGGACGCGGGGCGUGCGCAGUGGGCCAAACUGGGCGCCGAGGAACCGCGUGGGCAGGACAUUGCCUUCGCGCGCCGUCUAAUUUAUGUAGCGCUGGAGAAGCACCGCGCCCCCCUAGUAAAGUCUCGAGAGAGAGGUUGAUGCGCGUCGAGAUGUGAGAGAUAAGUCCAUAGUCCGCGGUCCGCGCGAACACGCAAGUCGCGCAACAGCGAAUGCUUUAGUCAUAUAGUACGUCAGUAGUACGUGAAUAUCUCUUUUUUAAAGUUUUAAAUCCUA